UCGCAGUGUUUGUACGUGCGUACCCCCCUCGGCAAGGGUAUCAGCUGUGUGCAAUUGCACUUCCAUUCCGCCUUUGCAGUGGAGCACAGCUUGUUCGCAGCACUGAAUCUGCCCCUGCAAACACCACGUGUGUCAGCAUUCCUGUGCGUCCCUCUUCAGCCAGUGGAAGAAGUUUCCAUGCAGGUAUCCAUCUCCGCACGACUGUGUUGGUCGAAAACAGAACUCGCAGUGUUUGUACGUGCGUGCCCCCCUCGGCAAGGGUAUCAGCUGUGUGCAUUUGCUCGUCCAUGCUGCCUUUGCAGUGGAGCACAUGUUGUUCACAGCACUGAAUCUACCCCUGCAAACACCACGUGCGUCAGCAUUCCUGUGCGUCCCUCUUCAGCCAGUGGAAGAAGCUUCCAUGCAAUAUGCAUCUCCGCACGACUGUGUUGGUCGAAAACAGAACUCGCAGUGUUUGUACGUGCGUACCCCCCUCGGCAAGGGUAACAGCUGUGUGCAUUUGCUCUGAAUCUGCCCCUGCAAACACCACGUGUGUCAGCAUUCCUGUGCGUGCCUCUUCAGCCAGUGGAAGAAGCUUCCAUGCAGUAUCCAUCUGAGCACGACUGUGUUGGUCGAAAACAGAACUCGCAGUGUUUGUACGUGCGUACCCCCCUCGGCAAGGGUAUCAGCUGUGUGCAUUUGCUCGUCCAUGCUGCCUUUGCAGUGGAGCACAGGUUGUUCACAGCACUGAAUCUGCCCCUGCAAACACCACGUGUGUCAGCGUUCCUGUGCGUCCCUCUUCAGCCAGUGGAAGAAGCUUCCAUGCAGUAUCAAUCUCCGCACGACUGUGUUGGUCGAAAACAGAACUCGCAGUGUUUGUACGUGCGUACCCCCCUCGGCAAGGGUAUCAGCUGUGUGCAAUUGCACUUCCAUUCCGCCUUUGCAGUGGAGCACAGCUUGUUCGCAGCACUGAAUCUGCCCCUGCAAACACCACGUGUGUCAGCAUUCCUGUGCGUCCCUCUUCAGCCAGUGGAAGAAGCUUCCAUGCAGUAUCCAUCUCCGCACGACUGUGUUGGUCGAAAACAGAACUCGCAGUGUUUGUACGUGCGUGCCCCCCUCGGCAAGGGUAUCAGCUGUGUGCAUUUGCUCGUCCAUGCUGCCUUUGCAGUGGAGCACAGGUUGUUCACAGCACUGAAUCUACCCCUGCAAACACCACGUGCGUCAGCAUUCCUGUGCGUCCCUCUUCAGCCAGUGGAAGAAGCUUCCAUGCAAUAUGCAUCUCCGCACGACUGUGUUGGUCGAAAACAGAACUCGCAGUGUUUGUACGUGCGUACCCCCCUCGGCAAGGGUAACAGCUGUGUGCAUUUGCUCUGAAUCUGCCCCUGCAAACACCACGUGUGUCAGCAUUCCUGUGCGUGCCUCUUCAGCCAGUGGAAGAAGCUUCCAUGCAGUAUCCAUCUGAGCACGACUGUGUUGGUCGAAAACAGAACUCGCAGUGUUUGUACGUGCGUACCCCCCUCGGCAAGGGUAUCAGCUGUGUGCAUUUGCUCGUCCAUGCUGCCUUUGCAGUGGAGCACAGCUUGUUCGCAGCACUGAAUCUGCCCCUGCAAACACCACGUGUGUCAGCGUUCCUGUGCGUCCCUCUUCAGCCAGUGGAAGAAGUUUCCAUGCAGGUAUCCAUCUCCGCACGACUGUGUUGGUCGAAAACAGAACUCGCAGUGUUUGUACGUGCGUGCCCCCCUCGGCAAGGGUAUCAGCUGUGUGCAUUUGCUCGUCCAUGCUGCCUUUGCAGUGGAGCACAGGUUGUUCACAGCACUGAAUCUGCCCCUGCAAACACCACGUGUGUCAGCAUUUCUGUGCGUGCCUCUUCAGCCAGUGGAAGAAGCUUCCAUGCAGUAUCAAUCUCCGCACGACUGUGUUGGUCGAAAACAGAACUCGCAGUGUUUGUACGUGCGUACCCCCCUCGGCAAGGGUAUCAGCUGUGUGCAUUUGCUCGUCCAUGCUGCCUUUGCAGUGGAGCACAGGUUGUUCACAGCACUGAAUCUGCCCCUGCAAACACCACGUGUGUCAGCGUUCCUGUGCGUCCCUCUUCAGCCAGUGGAAGAAGCUUCCAUGCAGUAUCAAUCUCCGCACGACUGUGUUGGUCGAAAACAGAACUCGCAGUGUUUGUACGUGCGUACCCCCCUCGGCAAGGGUAUCAGCUGUGUGCAAUUGCACUUCCAUUCCGCCUUUGCAGUGGAGCACAGCUUGUUCGCAGCACUGAAUCUGCCCCUGCAAACACCACGUGUGUCAGCAUUCCUGUGCGUCCCUCUUCAGCCAGUGGAAGAAGCUUCCAUGCAGUAUCAAUCUCCGCACGACUGUGUUGGUCGAAAACAGAACUCGCAGUGUUUGUACGUGCAUACCCCCCUCGGCAAGGGUAUCAGCUGUGUGCAAUUGCACUUCCAUUCCGCCUUUGCAGUGGAGCACAGCUUGUUCGCAGCACUGAAUCUGCCCCUGCAAACACCACGUGUGUCAGCAUUCCUGUGCGUCCCUCUUCAGCCAGUGGAAGAAGCUUCCAUGCAAUAUGCAUCUCCGCACGACUGUGUUGGUCGAAAACAGAACUCGCAGUGUUUCUACGUGCGUACCCCCCUCGGCAAGGGUAUUAGCUUUGUGCAUUUGCUCUUCAAUUCCGCCUUUGCAGUGGAGCACAACUUGUUCACAGCACUAAAUCUGCCGCUGCAAACAUCACGUGUGUCAGCAUUCUUGUGUGCGCCUCUUGACCCAGUGGAAGGUUCCUUGCAGUAUCCAUCCUCGGAAUGGCUAUGUCGGUCGAAAACAGCACUUGCAGGAUCGUAAUGUGAAGGUUUGACUCCAUUUGUGCCACAGGUCCCUGCAGCCAAAACAGUCCCACAGCAUGUCCUUUGUGUUUGCGAUACUGCUUGGCUCAAACACAUGUAGACUAUGCUCUUCAGUGCUUUGCAAAGCGUGCCUUAUGUGCCGCUACAAGUUCGGAUUUCGAAGGUCUUUCCUCGGCCGGUGGUGCAUAUGCUGGUGGGGCCUUGACGGGAGCUUGUGCCAGGGCCUCCCGGAAACUUGGGUACAAUGUGCAGAGAUUCAAAACUUGGUUUGUGAGUCCCUGCACGUAGCCUGAAAUUAGACAAUAUGAACAAUUGUUAUAUAUAAUAAUAUUAGUGUGCAUGUAAUUUUUCUCAUAUUUCAACUCUUAGUGCUCCUAAGCGCAUGCCUUGCUCUAUCUGAAAUGACGAGUGCCUAAUACAAGUGUUGGAAUUUUUGCAAUAAACAGUGGUUCUUGAAUA